AUGAGCCCCACGAACCCCUCCGCCUUCUCCUCACCGCGCCCCUUGGAGCCCGCGGGCCCCUUCGACAUGUGGCGGGACUACCUGGGGCUGGCGGAGCCGGAUCCCAGCGACCCCGGCGCCGCGUUCUGCGCGUUCUGCCGGCACAACGGCGAGGCGCCGGCCGUGUACCGGGGGCACAACCUGCGGGACGCGGGCGGGCGGCUGCAGUGCCCGGUGCUGCGGAGCUACGUGUGCCCCCAGUGCGGGGCCACCCAGGACCGGGCGCACACGCGGCGCUUCUGCCCCCUGACCCCGCGCGGGUACAGCUCGGUGUACGACAGGGCCGGGAGCGGGGCCCGCAGAGCGGCCAGGGAGGGAAACGCGGGCAACAAGAGGGCGGCGAGGGACGGAGGGAAGUUGGCGAGGGACGGAUGGGCGGAUGGAUGGACGGACACGCGCAG